UGCUGUUAACCCCCGCCUUAAUAAAAGAUGCUGGCGUCCAACUGACGGCUGAUGGUUUGGAGGUUGGUUGUCUCUCACAUAAAGGUCGUCUGUGGAACUGCGCAGCUCUACUCCCAUUGUGGUCGAAGAGAACCAGCGACCCAGAAGAAAGUGUUGCCCCGGAGAUCGGAUCCGACGAUGGGGGUAAGUGGGAGACCAAGAGGAACGAGGAAGCCGAAGCCACUGGCCGGAUAGUGCUUUUGCUGGCCACCAUGUUUGUGUUAGUAGAAAUGACAGAUACAGUGCGAAUACCUCCAUGGCAGUUUGAAAGAAAGCUUAAUGAUGCAAUCACUGAAGAGUUAAAUAAAAAGUUGGCUAAUAAGGUUGUAUAUAAUGUUGGCCUCUGUAUCUGUCUAUAUGACAUUACAAAGCUGGAAGAUUCCUACAUAUUUCCAGGAGAUGGUGCAUCACACACAAAAGUACAUUUUAGAUAUGUUGUAUUUCAUCCAUUUUUGGAUGAAAUUCUGGUCGGAGAGAUAAAAGGCUGCAGUCUUGAAGGUGUACAUGUUUCUCUUGGGUUCUUUGAUGACAUACUCAUUCCUCCAGAAUCUCUUCAACAGCCUGCCAAAUUCGAUGAAACAGAACAGGUAUGGGUUUGGGAAUAUGAGACUGAAGAAGGAGCUCAUGACCUGUAUAUGGAUAUGGGAGAAGAAAUACGUUUCCGUGUAGUAGAUGAAAAUUUCAUUGAUACAUCUCCAACAGGCCCAAGCUCUGUAGAGCCUUCCACAUCUAGUGGCACUGAGGAGACACAGAAGAAAGAAGCACCCUAUACUAUUGUGGGAUCUAUCAGUGAACCCGGUCUGGGUCUUCUAUCCUGGUGGACGAACAGUUAAUUGAAGGUAAAGAUGGACAGUUUACACUGAAAAAGCCAGGAGAUGCCUUGAUCGACAGUUGCAGAAUGGUAACUUUUUCCCCAUUUCUGCUUUAUAUUAAAUCAAGUCAAUCUGAUCGAGAUAUAGAAAUAAAUGAGUGCGCUUAGUGGAAUGUCAUCAAAACAGAAUAAAUAUGCAUCAUAACUCUAGAACAUUGCUGUAAUAAUCCUGAUACUUUUUUCCACCAAUAUAGGAUAUAAGCACCUGGGAAUGGUAUGUUAGCUGAAAAGAAAAAAGAAGAUCCUCUAAAUUAAAAAAAAAUACAAAGACAGUAUUCUGAAGGAUUGACCUCAUGCUGCUACAGUUCAUUAUGAAAAUAAAUGUUAAAAAUGACUCAUACUGAAAAGGCACCACUUUUUUUCCCAAAGGAUAGAAGGGCUGCUUGUUUUUCAAAUUCAGACAGGUUGCAGUAAAACUGUGGUAUAGCUAGUUGCCUCUUCUCCAUUUUGUAACAAAUUUGGAAGGGCCACAACCUUGGGUAAAAUGGGUAAAAUGAAUAAGCUGCUUUUCUGCCAAAUUACAGUUAAAAUAGACGAUAAUACUGUAUGUAUAGCUCAGAGUUGAACUGUAGACUCCUUGGUGUUCUCUGAGCUUUGUUAUUAGUUUGCAGACAUUUCAUUACCCAAACAGUAACAUUGGUGAACAUUAUCAGAUGAUACCUAGUUGGGUAAAGUAACAUUUGCAAGCAAACAACCAAACUCUAGAGAGUAGCAAGGACUCCAUACUACAGUCAGAAAUUCUGUUUUAUCCAGACAACAAAGAAAACUUAUUUUUCUGAGAAAAUAUAUAACCAUUACUGUUUUUAGCAUAAAUACUGCAGAGAGACAGAUAGCCUCCAGGGAUGUUCCAUUGAGAAGGGGCAUUGGUCUUACCUUAGACACCCUUUCUUAGGGAGUUGACGGGAAAAUCCAGAUUGGGUAGUCUCUUGUCUCAUUGCUCUUCAGACUGAGUUGAAUUCUGAGGACACGCUUCCCUGGUAAUGAUCCCCAGUUGAAACGAAGCCAAAGCAAAUCCUGUUGUCCUUCUCCAGCCCAAAAGUACCCCCUCUGGGACCAGACAGUCCUCAGGGUGGGGCUGGAUUCUCCUGUCAACUCCCGAGAAAGGGAGUCUCAGGUAAAACCGAUGCCCCUUCUCCAUUGUGUCAACGGGAGAAUCCAGAUUGGGACAUACCAAAGCUGGCUGUCCUAUGGGCAGGAAUUGGUCUGGUCUGGAGUCCCUGCUUCAACAUGUACUCUUUGGAGGACGUGCCUACCGAAGGCCGGCUCCACAGAGGCGAAGGUGUCCAGUCUAUAGUGCCGUAUGAACGGUGAUAGUGAUGACCAUGUCCUUUGCCACGAUUCAAAAGGCAGGCUUAUGCGGUAGCAUAGUUGUCACAGCGAUUCAGAAUCUCAGUCUCCAGGUGCAAGCAUGGCAACGGCCAGGUAGUUUGCCAGUGGGACCUGAACUUUGCCACAGACCAAAAGGCAGGCUUACGCAGAAACGUUGCUGCCGCGGCGAUCUAAAAAAUAGGAGUGUGAUCGAUCCAUCAGGGACUCCACCCCCCUUCCACAGCUGCGGAAUGCACCAGCAGGGCCUUGCCCGCUGUCCUGGCCGUCCUCUCAGCAGAGUUGGACAGCCUGCCUGUCAAAUUCCCUUUUGUUCCAGUUAUCUGUCAAUCAAAAGAAUCCAGGGAUUGGAAGUCCUUUGAGAGGUUGAGAGUCUCUAAGGAAGACAUCUGAACAAGCUGAGACUGAGUUGAAAACGGGGGACUGUUACCAGGGAGGCAUGUCCUCAAAAUUCAACUCAGUCUGAAGAGCACAAGACAAGAGACUACCCAAUCUGGAUUCUCCCGUUGACACAGUGGAGAAGAUAAAAUUUUACAUACACACAUACACAUAUCUCUAUAUGUUGCUAUAGCUCUUUUUCAAUGAAAGAACUUUAUAUGCAACAUUUGUCCCAUGUUAAGUAUGAAACAGGCCUGGGCCAUUUUUCUUGCACUGUAAUAGAAAUUAAGAAUAUUAAAAAAGUUCUAACAUAUUAUAAAAAACAUCCUUUUAGAACACCUGGUUCUUGCUGACUGUAUUUUCUAACAAGUAAGCAUCCCAAAUUCUAAAAGUUUUCAUGAUGCUGCAAUUCUGUGUUUGUGCAGAAAAUUUUCUACUCUUGGUGUUAGUUUUUUGCUCUGAUUACUACUGAGAUGCAAUGUUUUGCUUUCUAAUAUUGUGUAAUGAAAGUUGGUAGAAAAAUGAAUGUUUAAAAUCUAGCUGAUAACUAUACAACCAGGGUUUUUUCCUGCUGUUCAAAGAAAGAAUUUUGGACUAAAGGCAAUGAUCUUUACUGGUAUUAAAUUUGCCAUCUUUUUUGCUUGUUAUCCUUUGAUGUUAUUUAAAUGUAAUUAGAAUUUUUAUAUUAUGCAUCAAAAUUUUGAUACUUCUUAUACAAAAUAUAAAAUUACUAAGAGUUGACAAUAAUUUUUAUCAUUUUUCUGACAAUUUCUGUGUCGUACUUGCUAUUCUAUACUGGAUCUAUUAGACUAUGAUCUUUGAAUUGUUUUAAGACUGGGUUCUGUUAAAUUACUUCUACAUAUACCAUACAUCUGCUCUUCCUUUGGCAGAUAUUUUUCCAUUAACAGAUACUCAUUACUAAAUUCAGUACUUGAGUGUGGAAUAAAUUACUGAACACAG